AUGACAAAUCCGGUCCGAUGGCUGUUCUCCACUAACCACAAGGAUAUAGGGACUCUUUAUUUCAUCUUCGGUGCCAUUGCUGGAGUGAUGGGCACAUGCUUCUCAGUACUGAUUCGUAUGGAAUUAGCACGACCCGGCGAUCAAAUUCUUGGUGGGAAUCAUCAACUUUAUAAUGUUUUAAUAACGGCUCACGCUUUUUUAAUGAUCUUUUUUAUGGUUAUGCCGGCGAUGAUAGGUGGAUCUGGUAAUUGGUCUGUUCCGAUUCUGAUAGGUGCGCCUGACAUGGCAUUUCCACGAUUAAAUAAUAUUUCAUUCUGGUUGUUGCCUCCAAGUCUCUUGCUCCUAUUAAGCUCAGCCUUAGUAGAAGUGGGUAGCGGCACUGGGUGGACGGUCUAUCCGCCCUUAAGUGGUAUUACCAGCCAUUCUGGAGGAGCAGUUGAUUUAGCAAUUUCUAGUCUUCAUCUAUCUGGUGUUUCAUCCAUUUUAGGUUCUAUUAAUUUUAUAACAACUAUCUUCAACAUGCGUGGACCUGGAAUGACUAUGCAUAGAUCACCUCUAUUUGUGUGGUCCGUUCUAGUGACAGCAUUCCCACUUUUAUUAUCACUUCCGGUACUGGCAGGGGCAAUUACCAUGUUAUUAACCGAUCGAAACUUUAAUACAACCUUUUCUGAUCCCGCUGGAGGGGGAGACCCCAUAUUAUACCAGCAUCUCUUUUGGUUCUUCGGUCAUCCAGAGGUGUAUAUUCCCAUUCUGCCUGGAUCCGGUAUCAUAAGUCAUAUCGUUUCGACUUUUUCGGGAAAACCGGUUUUCGGGUAUCUAGGCAUGGUUUAUGCCAUGAUCAGUAUAGGUGUUCUUGGAUUUCUUGUUUGGGCUCAUCAUAUGUUUACUGUGGGCUUAGACGUUGAUACCCGUGCCUACUUCACCGCAGCUACCAUGAUCAUAGCUGUCCCCACUGGAAUCAAAAUCUUUAGUUGGAUCGCUACCAUGUGGGGGGGUUCGAUACAAUACAAAACACCCAUGUUAUUUGCUGUAGGGUUCAUCUUUUUAUUCACCAUAGGAGGACUCACUGGAAUAGUUCUGGCAAAUUCUGGGCUAGACAUUGCUCUACAUGAUACUUAUUAUGUGGUUGCACAUUUCCAUUAUGUACUUUCUAUGGGAGCCGUUUUUGCUUUAUUUGCAGGAUUUCACUAUUGGGUAGGUAAAAUCUUUGGUCGGACAUACCCUGAAACUUUAGGUCAAAUCCAUUUUUGGAUCACUUUUUUCGGGGUUAAUAUGACCUUCUUUCCUAUGCAUUUCUUAGGGCUUUCGGGUAUGCCACGUCGCAUUCCAGAUUAUCCAGAUGCUUACGCUGGAUGGAAUGCCCUUAGCAGUUUUGGCUCUUAUAUAUCCGUAGUUGGGAUUUGUCGUUUCUUCGUGGUCGUAACAAUCACUUCAAGCAGUGGAAAGAACAAAAGAUGUGCUCCAAGUCCUUGGGCUGUUGAACAGAAUCCAACCACACCGGAAUGGAUGGUACAAAGUCCUCCAGCCUUUCAUACAUUUGGAGAACUUCCAGCUAUCAAGGAGACGAAAAGCUAUGUGAAGUAA